CAAUCCCUUCAUUCUUUAUUCUCACACUUAAAGAAAGUUCCUGCAAAGUGGUCAUCCCCCUCACUAAGUUUACUUUCUCCAUUAAUGGAGUUUUACAAGAAAACUCAAGAUGAGGGGUCAAAACAACUCAAGGAAGAAGGAGAAGAAGCUCUCGGGUUGGGCAUUGGAAUCAUCAAGUUUGAAGAUGAUGCUGAACUUUCUUGGGCAGAAACUUCACCUGAUUUAGACGCUAAUUAUCACCUUCUAUACAUUAUUUUGAUAAAAUUUGAAAGCAAAAAUUGUAGCUCCACGUCUUAUGUAACCACUGGUUAAAACGGUUUACAAUUUCGAGAUUUAACGAAGGAGAUGCAUGUGCCAAAAUAUAGAGACUGAUAUAGCUAUGACGAGGGUGACGGGAAUUGCAAAUUACACCAUUGCUUUUGCCUCGUUCCGUCAAAUCUAAGGUAAUUAGGGUCAAAAUGACACAAUCCUGGAGGGUAAUGAAGAUGAGGAGAUGUG